UGGUUGAAGGUGGAGAACGCUAAGUUGGUGAAAAGCUCUAUUGUAUUUGGUGGAGACCGGUUGGAGGUUCGACAAUGGGACGUUUCGACCGGGAUAUCUACAACACUUGGAGCAAAUUCUGCAUGAAAAAGUGCUCGGGUGCGCAUUGAAUCAGAUCACCAUUGAGUGCAAGGUGAGGAGUCUAAAGAAACAAUACAACGCAUAUCAUAGAUGUUAAGUCAGUCGGGUUCGGCUGGAACAGGAGUUCAAAUGUGUUCAGGUCGAGAAGGAGAUUUUCGAUCUUUGGGUUCGGAGUCAUCCCAAUGCGAAGGGGAUGUGGAACAGUCAUUCCCACAAUAUGAUGACCUCUCCACCGUAUUUGGGAAAGACAGAGCAGUAGGGCAAUCAAGUGAGAACCCAUACGUGAUGGGGACGAAUGCAUUCAGAGAGUUUGAAGAUGAGAUUCGACUUGGAUCACAAGACUGUCACAUCCCUGAGGUUUGCCAGACAGAAUCAACCAUUAAAUCAAGAUGAAAUAGAUGAAGAGCUAGUAGAGCAAUCUACAGGUAGAACGAGUGUACCUCCGAGUCAUCUUGAGGCAGUAAGAGGAAGAGGCCAUCAUUCCAAGCUGAAAUGAUCGACAUCAUGAGAUCGACUGUUAAAAUGCAGAGCACACACAUGGGUAGACUUGCAUCGUGUGAAAAGGAGAAGUAUGAGCUGGA